UCACUUGCUUUUCAAAAUGUUUGAAUCACAAAUUCAUCCGGAGGCUUGACUCACCUUCCAUCGCUGAUCGCUGAAUGCUGAUAUGAACUACUCUAAUACUGACUACUUUAUCAGUUCCUACUAGAUUGAUGUUUUUUAAUCAUGGUAGCGCAACCAAUUUAUUCAGUUCCUGCGGGGUGACUUUUCCUAUUUCUGGUUGAGUUGUACAGCUCCCAGUAGCAAACUAGAGUUGCAGAGGAUCCAAUUUGUUAUUUGCGACCUGCUAUUAACUCUUUGCUUCUUCCGAGUGCAACCAAGCAUUGGAUGAAACUGAGCAUGUUUCUUACAGUAAUAAGAACAUUUAGUCCAGUGGCACAUGUCAGGAAAUAAGGAGGACAAAAAAAGUAGUCCAUUGAAAACUUGUAUUUUUGCGAAGAAUAUUGUAUACAAAGAGGUACUAACCAAGGUUUUGGGAUUCGGACAGAAUGGGCCGAAUUUCACCGAAUUUCGCCCAGUUUGGUUAGGCCCGAGACAAAAAUAAACAGGCCAAAAAAAUUCGGCCCAAUUUGAAUUUGUAGCCCAGCCCAAGAUCCAUUACAGCCCACAAAUACCUCUUCUCACCAUAGUCACAGAAUUCGGGGUCGAUGCCGCGAUCCGUGACCCCGGAUCGUCGUCCCAAUUCGCGGGUCGGGGACGACAGGGGUCGACGUCCCGAUUCAGGAUGGGUCGCCACCCCGUCACCGCAGGGUCUCAAAUGGGACGAGAUGCAGACGAAGAAGAAGGUAGGCUUACCAGACACGCCGCAGCCGUAUCGUCCGCCGCGCCGGCCGCCGUCCCCCGCCUACUCACGCGCCGGCCGUUGGCCUUCGCCGCGCCCACGCCGGCAGUCACCGCCUCCUCCCGCGCCGUCCGCUGGCCGCCAUCCUCCGCCGCACGCACCGGCCGCCGGCCUCCACCGCGCGCUGUCCUCCGGCCGCCGGCCUCCGCCCUGUGCAUGCACCGGCUUCUCCAUCCGCUGUCCACCGCCCUAAAGCGCCGUCGGGAGAGAGGAGAUUGGGAGGCUGGGGGAAGAGAGAAGCGCACGGGAUCUCAGUGCGGCUAGGAGAACGCCAGGGGAAGAGAUAAAAGAGAGAGAGAGGAGGGGAUGAAUUGGGCUGGGCUGUUAAUGGGCUGAGAGGAGGGGAGGAGUUGGGCUGGACUGUUGUAUGUGCUGAAAGAGGAGGAGAGGAGGGGGAGUAUUUCAAUUGAUAGGGUUCGCGACUCUCGGCUCUUAGGACCGUCCCAGGGUCAUCGACCCAUUAGCCACGGAUUCACGGACCAAAAUUCGGGUUCUCGUUCCAAAGAGAUAUACCCCCCUCGUACCACAAUUUUACAAAGUCUCGACCCUCGUUCCUCGAUCCCGUUCCUCGGCCGGUUCGACCCGGGAACUUUGUGACUAUGUUUCUCACUAUAAAACUCGGGACUCCAACCUGAAACUAUAGAAAUUUCAUUUUACUCCACCCCCUCUCCCUGCUGGCGGCUGCCACCAACAGGCCGCGGAGGCGUUGUCAAGCCAGGAGCGGAAGAGGGUUUCCCCGUCAACCUCCUCGCAGAUCUGCUCAUCUCCUUCCUGGUUCGUCCCAUUCCCGUCCAUCUCUCCAUUCAAAUCUGCAGCUCGUAGGUGGCCCUGCUCCUGGAGGCAUCACGAAGUCAGUUGGUCAGUGGCCGUGUACACAGCGGGUUGGUCGGCAGCAGCGGCAGCGCCGGCGGUCAAGGCGUCGAACACGUCGGAGUUGGUCACGAUGCGCCGGCAAGAGCUGCAGCACCUCGGCUGGAAGCAUCACGUGAGGGUAGCAAAGUCAUACUUGUGUUGUUUGAUUCUUUUGCUUUGUUUGGUUGCAAGCAGCACGUGUGUUGAUUCAUGGUAAAAUUAUGAGCGUGCAGAGUAUUUGUAGAAAUCGAUAUCAAUGGCUUCAUGAAUACUUGUGUUGUUUGAUCCUUUUCAUGUGUUGAUUGGUUGCAAACACUUCACAGAUAAAUAAAAUGUUAUGUAUGUUCUGAUUUUAUCUUGUAUGGCUUACAAAAAAUUCAGACUAGUUAGAUUGAUCUGUAAGUCAGACUACCAAAAAAAUAGUCUUGAUCCAUUUAAAGGUCAUUUGGAAUCUAUUACAGAAUUCUAUUCUGUAAGGGAGUAGUUUGUUUUUGACUAGGACAGGUCUGUCUGGUCUCUUUGCAUGUAAUUUCUCAGCUCAAAUGAUUCAUGUCACUAUAUAAAAUAUUCUGGUUGCUCGGCCAAUACCAAAGGGGUUAGGUGUUCCAGUGUGUUAGCCAUCCAGUGAUGUGGACAUGUUGCUGACAUUGUGCUUGCAUUUUUUAAAUGUAGAGCUUAAUGAUAUAAACAUUGAGAAAGUAUGGAAUCAUGGCACAAAGCUUUCUGGACAAGGCUUCAAAUGUGGGUACUGUGGGAUUACCAACAAGGGUGGUGGUGCAACCAGACUAAGAGACCAUCUUGGUGGAAUUGUAGGUGAAGUAAAAUCAUGCAACAAUGUGCCUAGAGCUGUGCGGGAUGCAGUGAGGGAGUUAUGGAGUUGUCGAUGGAGAAUUUAUGGCUCGGUCCACUGUGGCAUCAUUAAUAAUUUAGUGAUAUACUAGUAAUUUUAAAUUUGAUACAAUUCAUUGGUUUAAUUGCACCUACAUGAAGUUGACAUUUUUAUUUGUUCCAUUCUCACUUGGCAGCGAAUUGGUGGUUUCAAUUCGGAGGUGAAGUGCCUACCUUACAAAAAUAUGCUUUGCGCAUUGUUUCACAGUGUGUCUCAUCUAGUGGUUGUGAGAUGUUGUGGACACAUUCUUUGGGAAGAAAUAUCAACGCAAGAAGAAGCAAGCGGCGUCCACAACGGAUUAGCAAGAGUUUAUUUUCCUUCUUAUUAGUUUGGCUGUUUUGUCAAGGGUGUUUUAGUUAAUUGUCAUAGACUCUAUAAAUGUAAGAGCCGGCGGCUCAUUAGGGUUUUUAGGCAGAAGAUAGUUCCCGCAAGCUCAGAGCCUCCCAGGAGGGCGAGUUGGGUGAUUAUCGAUCUGUUCUUGUGCUCAGGUUUAGACUCAAUCCAUAUUAAUCCAUAACAUCUUGGUAUCAGUCUAGGGAUCUUCCUUGGCCUGGUUUCCAUCGUCACCUCCGCCACAUCCCGCUUCCCUUGCGCGCCGCCAAAACCCUACCGCCAUGGUCGACGGCGCCGAUACCGACGUCCCGGUCACGAAAGCGAUCCUGGACGAAGUGGUCGAUCGCAUCGUCAAGAUGAUCGGUGACAACGGCAAGAAGAUGGACGACGACGUGACGUCGCUCCGCCAGGAAGUCGGGCUUCUAUCGACUUCCAUCAAGAACGUCCAGACGCAAGUCCUGGCCAGCAAGGGCCGAUUCGACGCCGAUAGAUCGUCGUCAUCCGGCGACACCCCGGCCGCGCCGUCGCACAAGCUCCGAUUUCCGAAGUUCGAUGGAUCCGACGAUCCCAUCACAUGGUUGCACAAGGCCGAGCAGUUCUUCCGUGCCUACGGCACGCCGGACCACCUCAAGGUGCCAACGGCAUCGUUCUAUCUGGAGGCCGCCGCCAGCCAAUGGUAUUACAGACUCGAGAAGAACCAAGGCGCUCCAACAUGGCCGCAGUUCGUCGACGCCAUCAACAGGCGUUUCGGGCCGCCGCUUCGCAGUAAUCCACUGGGCGAGCUCACACAUCUGCGCCAUACCUCCACCGUCGAUGAAUACCAGGAGAAAUUCCUUCUCCUCCUGGCACGCUGUGAGGACGUCACGGAGGCCCAACAGAUUGCCAUCUUCACUGCUGGGUUGCAGCAACCUCUUAGCAUUGAUGUGGAGCUCCAGAAGCCAGAAACCCUGGAGGACGCCAUGGCGCUCGCCCGGGCGUACGAGCGCCGCCAAGUUCUGGGAGCCGAUGCGACUACCGGGAGCAACCGCACUCCCACGCGUUCGGCUCAACGUCCUCCGGCUUCGACCUUGCGGACGUCCCGGCAACCUGGCGCGACGGGAUUUACAUCAGCAACACCCGCCGCGCCCGCUAAACCUGCACCCCUGGGGGGCAGCCGGUUCAAACGCCUCUCACCUGAGGAGAUGGGGCAACGGCGUUUGGAGGGGUUGUGUUUCAACUGCCCGGAGAAGUUUUCCAAGGAGCAUGCGAAGCAGUGCACGGGAAAAGGCAUCUACUUCCUUGAGCUGGACACCGAGGCACUCGCAUCUGAGGACGGUGGCUCGGAUGAUGAACUGCAGAUCUCUGUGGCCGCCAUCACGGGUAUUCAGUCAAGCGCAACAUUGCAGCUGCCCACGGUGGUCUGUGAUAAGACCGCCGCUGCGUUGGUCGACUCUGGCUCCACUCACUCAUUCAUCGACGAGGCCACGGCACGCCGUCUGGGUCUGGUGCCAUCACCCCGGCCUGGUCUCUCUGUCGGUGUAGCAAAUGGGGAUCGCGUCGCAGCGUCGGGAGUGUGCAAGGCGGUGCGGUUCGUAAUUGGUACAGAGGAGUUCGUGGCCGACUUCUUCGUCAUUCCACUUGGGGGCAUCGACAUGGUCCUGGGGUGUGACUGGCUCCGCACUCUCGGUCCCAUCCUCUGGGAUUUCACCAACCUCACCAUGGUGUUCUGGUGGCACGACCGUCGCGUCCGUUGGAGUGGCAUGCGACCAACGGCGGCCAUGGUUACUGCGGGAGCUGACAAGCGCGACUAUUUGCUGGCUCUACUCGACGAGUUCGCCGACUUGUUCGCCGAGCCCAAGGGCUUACCGCCGGCGCGUUCGUUUGACCAUCGUAUUCAUCUACUUCCGGGAACACCGCCGGUGGCUGUACGUCCAUACCGGUAUGCUCAGUUGUUGAAGGAUGAGAUCGAAGCUCAAUGUCGGGCAAUGUUGGCGCAAGGCAUCAUCCGUCCAAGUACCUCGGCAUUCUCCUCGCCGGUGCUUCUCGUUCGCAAGGCUGACGGUUCCUGGAGGUUUUGUGUAGACUAUCGCGCCCUCAACAGCAAAACAGUGCGGGACAUGUUUCCCAUUCCCAUCGUCGAGGAAUUGUUGGAUGAACUCAAGGGCGCGGUGUUUUUUACUAAGUUGGACUUGCGGAGCGGCUAUCACCAAGUCCAGAUGCACCCCGAUGACAUUGCCAAGACGGCGUUCCGAACACAUCAUGGGCACUUUGAAUUCCUUGUGAUGCCGUUCGGUCUCACGAAUGCUCCAUCUACGUUCCAGGCAUUGAUGAAUGCGGUGCUACAACCUUUUCUUCGCCGGUGCGUUCUCGUGUUUUUUGAUGACAUUCUUAUAUUCAGUAAAUCUUGGUCAGAACACCUGCAGCAUGUGCGCUCGGUUUUCUUGGCGCUCCGGCAGCACGGCCUCGUGUUGAAACGUUCCAAGUGUUCUUUUGGGGAGCAGCGUGUUCAGUAUCUCGGCCAUGUCAUUGCUAAUGGAGUGGUCGCCAUGGAAUUGGAGUACUUUUGCAUUAGUUCAUACGAAGAUUAGGAACAAGCUGAGCUAUGACAAGCUUCAUAAGCUUGUUUAUGUCCAUUAUAACCUAAAGGAACGUAUCCAAGAGGAGAGUGGACAGCAGCAUAAGGAAGUUGAUCCAUGUGUCAUGAUGUUGGAUGCUGCAAUAUUUGAUGAGACAAAUCCGAUAUGGGAUUGGUUGGAUAAGUCUAUGAGUGAUGUUGGCCCCAGUUUGGAUGAUAUUUAUGCAAGUCGCCUGGAUAAAUCUGCACGUGUAAGGAAGAGGGCGAGAGUGGGGGAAGAGAUCGAGUUUCUGGACAGCGAAGAUGGACAUGAAGAAGAUGAGUUUGAGGACAUCUUAUCUGAUGGUGAUGAUGACCAUGCUGAACUCAGUUGUGAUGAUGAUGGCAUUGGUGAUGAUGGUGUGGCAAUCUCACCUAGAGUGGAAGGAAACAUAGAACCUUCAAGCGAGGGGGAUCUUAAUCCUAAUGGCCGCAGAUCUGGUAGACUCCAACAGAAGAAAAUGAGGCUCCAAACACUCUAUGAGAGAGAGUAGCGCCUCUUCUGUCAAGGUACAGUCCAGUGAUUAUGGAGCCGUUUUUUGUUGUUUGCAUGGUGGUGGUUAGACACCAUGAAACAUGAACAGUGCCAGUGGCAAUUGACAUCUGCUAACUGACGUAGUUUCUUUUGGGUGAUUGAAUUUUGUUGGUGCAUGUAUGGCUGGCUGGAUUGUAAUUAUUUUGGACUUUGUGGUCUCUGUGGUGGAGUGAAAAACUAUGCUCCUGGGGACUUGGAGUGUCUCCUAAAUGCUUGAUGUAAUUAUUUUGAACCUUGGACUAUUUGUGGUGCAUUGGGGAUAUGGACUAUGUACCAUAAAAACUUCUGAUGUUGUUAAGCACUUAGGCUCAAUUGGACUCUAAAAUGUGUUAAUUGGACUA